ACUUAAGCUUAAUUCACUAAAUACUGUUUAAAUCUACUACUAUAUUCCAUGACCAUAAAUGUACUGUAUUAUUCCACUAAUGUGCACAAUAAGGCGCUCACACAUGAUGCGUUCUCCUGUUCAAGAAGCAACGCUCAAAGAAACAUGCGUGAACGCGUCCUGUCUGCGCGCAGCCUGCAAGGCGCUUGUUUCACUGAUGGACACUGAUGUGGAGGCGAGCAGUGAAAUAGAUGAAAUCCUCCAGCAGAUCGCGGAAUUGGACAAAUGGAGAGAAAUAUUUAACUCCCGCGGGUUGGAAUUACCACAGGGCUAUGUUAAAAGACCUAGUGAGAAGAUCAAAUCUGAAGAGGACAGUGACGACUCUUCUAGACCUGCCACCUCGGCCCAUCACAUCGGAGCACAGAUAGACCGGUUCACAGCGCCCUACUCCAUUCCUCAAACCCUCACAGUGUCUCCGAGUCUGGGUGGGCAACCGCUGUCACCAGAGCUGGCGGUGAGUUUAAGAAAUAUUUUAUUUGGGAACACGUUCCAUAUAUUCAACUAUGAGUGGAAGAAAUCAUUCUUCAAGUUUCGGGAGCCUUUCUCUGACAUGGCAUAUGCUCUGGAGACUGAGAGGGUGGGAGGAGCCUGUGCUAUUCAGAUGGUGGUUCAGGCUUAUAUUAUUAAAUAUUUGCUUUUCAACCGGCCAAUGAACUCAGAGUGCACAAUGCAAAGUUUGAUGGUGGUAGGGGAGAAGGAGCAGAGGAAGGCGCUGGCAGCCGCUCUAACUGACAUCUUGUGGACAGCUGGUGAGGAGCAGACAGCCACCGUCUGCUUGGUCACGUCAGAGCGCUGUUUCACCCCCCACAUGGACUACAAACUGGACAACUUCACAGAGAGGUUGCAGCUUUUCACCUUUAAAAAGAAAGAUGAUAUUAGAUCAUUUAUAUGUGAGCACAUCCAAUGUUUUAAGGAAGAAGGAAGCCAUGGAAUCAUACUUUUUCUGUAUAGCCUUAUCUUCUCCAGGACUAUUGACAGGAUACGGGCAGACUUCGACUGUACCACCACUCAUCUUUUGCAUGUGAGCUUGGGGAACUUUGUGUGUCGACAGGCUUUAUUAAACCUGCUGUUGACUGGCUGUGCGACCCCUCAUGUCUUCAACGGUACAUCGCUGAACGAUGAGCAAGACGAAGCGCUCGCCCAGCCUCUCCACGGGGUCCUGACUCGCAGUCAUGUCGGAUAUCUGCUCUGGAACAGAGAACAAGUCCACCAUGCACAGCUCCCCCUGGUGGGCAGUAUGCUGAAAACCCCCAAGCUGCCUAUCUGGGUGUGUAAUAUUAAUGGCACCUACAGUGUUUUGUUCAGCCCAAACCGUUCACUGCUUUCUGACUGGAAGAUGGAGCAUCUUUUCCAGCUUUACUUCUACAAUGGCCAACCAACUCCGCUCAACACAACAGUGCUCACCAUAGAUACACACUCCCAUCACUGGGAGGCUGAAAAUAAUGAUAUUCAAGGAGACCCAGAAAAAAAGUUUCCAUCUGUAGAGAUGACCAUUAGGACCAAGUGGGAGGGUUCCGUUAUUGACUGGAAUGGGACAGUGCCUUUUUUCUGAAGAGGUCUAAAGCAGAUCACCUGAUUUGUAGCAUACCUCUCCUGGGCUGCAAUAAAUUAGAUUUUAUAUUCAUAUAUUGGUUUUGAUUUGGGCUUUAUUUUUGACUUUCAUUUUGACUUGUGAACCUUAAUAACAUUACCUUUCACAACCUGCCGAUUUGACCAUUUCAGCAUCUGAGCAUUUAACAAAAGUGAAAACCUAAAAUAUGUAACGCAUGGCAAAAAAGCCAAAGUCUUUUUAUCAAUUGUUAGAAAUAUUCAAAUCUGGUUUACACAUGUCCCACAGAUGUUAAAAUCUAUUCUGGUGCUAUAUCAUUUAGCCUCCAUACGGUUUUUGUCCUUCUAUUUAGAUCCGAUAUGGGUUCAGAUUGCUAGUAUCAAGUCUCGAGACUUAAUCGCUUAAGUCUCAAGUCAUGAUGGAAAAAGCUGAUGUCUCAAGUUACAGGGUUUAAUCAAUUUAAGUCAAGAUCGUUAUUCAAAGCCUUGCAGUCUUUGAUUCCUAUCUGGUAUAAAUCAUGUAUGUAGUAUUUUAUUUUAUUUUUAAUUUAAUUACUGCUGCAUGCUAGUAUUGUUAAUUAAAGAAAGGCAAUACGUUACAAUAAGGUUCAGUAAGUUAACUUUUUUUUACAGCAUUUAUUGGUCUAGAUUUAUGUUAAUUAAUAAAAAGUGCUAUUAUUCAUUUCAAAUUUGUUAUAUCAUCGUAAUUAACUGACUUUAACUACUGUGAAGCAUCACAAACAGAUGUAUGUAAAAAUGUAAAUUAACCAAGAUUAAUAAAUACUGUAAAAUUGUUCAUGGUUAUUUCACUGACUAAUGUUAACAUAGAACCGUGAUGUAAAGUGUUACCUAAAUAACUUUAUCUAAUAAAAAAAUAUGAACUUA